CGGUAACGGGACACCGGGACAUCCCUGCCCCCUCCUGCGGUAUAAAGCUGACCGCGCACCGUCAACCGGCUCAGAAUCACUGAGAGCGACGGUUUCUCUUUAUUUGAUUUUCUUUCUUCUUCACUCGAGUUUUAUCAUUUUUCACUACGUGACACGCUCGAACGCUUUAAUCAACCUUCUAUUAUUUUCCUUCAUUGUCAUUUACUUUUGCUCCAUUUUACUUUUUUUACUUUCACAUUUGAGUCCUCGCCGUCGCUGUCAGCGUGUCGGUCCGUCAUGGUCCUGUCUUCGGCCAACAAGAUGAUAGACUUCCGGCUGGUCUUCUCGGACCCCGGCAGGUCCUUCUACAGCAGCGGGGACAAACUGUCCGGCUCGGUGCAGCUGGAGGCGGCUCAGCCCUGCAGAGUGACCGGCCUCAGGGUCACCGCCGCCGGCUGCGCCCGCGUGGAUCACCGCGGCGGGAAGAACCGCAAGAGCCGCAGCCAGGAGGUGGAGUACCUGAAGUACGAGGAGGAGCUGCGGCUGGAGGAGCAGCUCGCUAGAGACUCGGACGGCUGCUUCCUGGUGCGGCCCGGUAAAGCCUACAGCUUCCAGUUCGGCUUCGAGCUGCCGGCCCCGGGGCGUCUGGUGUCGUCCUAUAAGGGAAAGUUCGGUUAUGUCCGGUAUUACGCCCGGGCGGUGCUGGACAGGGCUUCCCAGCGUGCUUUGCAGUGUGACAGGGAGUUUGAGGUGGAGGAGCCGCUGGACGUCAACCGGCCCGACCUGCUGGCUCCGGCUUCCGCCUCCAAACAGAAGAAGGUCACCUGCAUGUUCAUACCUGAUGGUCAGGUGUCCAUCAGUGCUCGGAUCGACAGGAAGGGAUUCUGUGAGGGAGAAGACAUCAGCAUCAACGCCAAGUUCGAGAACACGUGUUCACGCAUCGUAGUGCCAAAGGCCGCCAUUAUCGCCAAACACUCGUACCUCGCCGAUGGACGCAGCAAGGUGUUGCGUCAGAAACUGUCGGCGGUUCGAGGUAACCACAUUAUCUCUGGGAUGUGCGACAUGUGGCAGGGGAAGACCAUCAGGGUCCCCAAACUGAAGCCGUCGCUGCUAGGCUGUGACAUCAUCCAGGUGGAUUACGCUCUCAUGCUCUACCUGCACAUCCCUGGCAGUGAGAAACUGACCCUGGAGCUGCCACUGGUCAUCGGUACAAUCCCCUUCAGCGGCGUCGGCAGCAGGACCAGCAGCAUGAGCAGCCAGGCCAGGUCCCUCGGCAGCCAGGCCGGGUCCCUGAGCAGCUGGUCCUCCUUCCCCUCAGCCCCGCCCAGCUACAGUAACAUCCACAGAGACCUGAGAGCGGACGGCCCUCGCACCCCGCUGCUCCACAACUACGAUGGCGGGGAGGACGAGGAGGAGGAGGAGGGGGGCCUCUUCAUGAGAGCACCUGAACUGUACUACCCCCCUCCACCCGCUUACAGCGAGGUGAGAGGAUCUGAUCGGUUUAGUGUCUUCUUCGAUUCUGUCCGCAUGAAAACAGAUACAAAAUAGACGAGUUUAAAUAAAAUGAGAUAGUCUGGGGUUGUCCUGAGUCAGGAUCAUCUGUCCGUCCGCAGUAGAGCUGGAGAUGAAACGAGGUAAGAUGACAUUAACGGAGAUCAAAUGAAAUGAGAGAAGAUGCUACGAUAGGAGGUGCGAUGAGAUAAAUGAGAAGAAGGUUCAACAAAAUGAGGGUUAGAUGAAAUGAUAAAAUGAGAUAACACCACAAGAUAUGAGGAUAAAGUGAGAUUAUAUCAGAUGACAUGGAAUAAAGUGAGAUAAAAGUAUGAAGUGAAAUAAAGUGAGACAAAAUAAGAUGGUUAAAGAUAAGAUUAAAUAAAAUGAAACAGGAUCAGAUGCAGUAAGACUAAUAAUAUAAACAAUAAAAUGAGAUUAGUUGAGAUGAGAUUGAAAUCGGAUAAAAUCAGAUAACACAAGGUAAAAUUAAAUAACAUGAGCAGAUGAAAUGAAGUAAGAGAUGAGACAGUCUAGUGUCGUCCACCCUCCAGUUUUGUUUGAUGGUCUUCUAUCUGGUCGUCUUCAGGUGGAUCAGGACACCGUUGACCCUCCUCAGGUUGUUCCGGUGUUCUGAGGACGUCCUCGGGAGGUGCAGAAGGCUCUCAGAUGAACGGGCAGAGCAGGAUGUCCUGUCCCGCUCCACUGACGGGACUCGUUAUCCGGCCCGUCGGUUCAAGACCGAGGCGGCGAUGACCCAGCAGUUUUCUGUCAGUGACUCAGCGUGUUUUGGCACUUUGUCGUGUAGUUUUUUGAUAUUUGCUGUUACUCAGUCAAUGUUGCGAUUGGUUGUUUUGUAUUAGGUAAAGAAAGUUACAGAUGUAUAUAUUUU